AUGAAGCUCGUACGGUUUUUGAUGAAAUGCGCCAACGAGACGGUGACCAUUGAGCUCAAGAAUGGCACUAUUCUCCAUGGCACCAUCACAUCCGUUUCUCCUCAAAUGAACACCUCUCUCCGGACGGUUAAAAUGACCCCCAAGGGCCGUGACCCUAUCUCCCUCGACACCAUCAACAUUCGCGGCUCUACCAUCCGCUACUACAUCCUUCCCGACAGUUUGCCGCUAGACACCCUGCUUGUGGAUGACACCCCCAAGCCCAAGAACAAGGCCCUCGAUGCAGUUUGCCGCAUUGCCAAAGUGCCGCUGUUUCUACCACGGUUAUGA